CAGGAGCACAGCGCCGCUGCUCGAGCGCCCGUGUAGCGACCGUUGUGGCAGCGCGCGCCUCCAGUCUACCGCUCCGCUCUCUCGCGAGUGCACGCUCAGAGCCAUCUUCGUCUCUGGGUCCCGCGCGGACUGUUGGCACAGGGUUCGCGCGCCACUGCGGUACAGUCAACUGCGAAGCGCGUGACGCACCUGGGAUUUCUUGUGCUUUUCUCCACCUCCUUUUAUUUAUUUAUUUUCUCCUCUCGUUCUUCUACUCGGAGGCGGCACCUGCGCGUGAGGAGCUACGCGAAGGCGCGUGAACUCUCCACGGAGGACUGAAGUUGCCCCCCACUCGUUUGCCGCCGUCCGUGAUCAGGAUGGGACCUCCAUCGCUCCUCGUCUCCGUCGUCCUCUGCGUGAGCGCGGCCGUCCCGCAUAUCGCCAAAGGAGAAACAUGUGAGCCAAACCCAUGUGAAAAUGGAGGUGCCUGCCUCGCGGCUAUAAGCAAUGAGGCCUACACGUGUGAGUGUCAUCCAGGCUUCACGGGACCCAACUGUGCUAGUAAUAUGGAGGUUGCAGCAGAUGGUGAAGAUUCAACUUCAGGUGGGAUAUUUCUAGGACCGUGUCAUCCGAACCCGUGCCACAACGGAGGAAUGUGUGAAAUCAGUGAGACCUACCGAGGCGACACCUUCAUCGGCUAUGUCUGCAAGUGUGCACCUGGCUUCAAUGGCAUCCACUGCCAGCACAAUGUUAAUGAAUGCGAAAGAGAUCCGUGUAAAAAUGGAGGGAUCUGCACUGAUCUGGUGGCUAACUACUCCUGCGAAUGCCCGGGGGAGUACAUGGGAAGAAACUGCCAACAUAAAUGUUCCGGUCCACUUGGCAUGGAAGGAGGCAUUAUCUCUAACCAGCAGAUCACUGCCUCCUCCACACACCGCGCUCUGUUCGGCUUGCAGAAGUGGUAUCCUUACUUCGCGCGUCUCAACAAGAAGGGUCUGGUGAACGCCUGGACAGCCGCCGAGAAUGACAGAUGGCCUUGGAUCCAGAUAAACCUGCAGAGAAGGAUGCGGGUCACGGGGCUGAUAACCCAGGGGGCCAAGCGCAUCGGCAGCCCAGAGUACGUCAAGUCCUACAAAGUGGCCUCCAGCGACGACGGAAAGACCUGGAGGACAUACAAAGUCAAGGGCACGGACGAGGAUAUGGUCUUCCGGGGAAAUGUCGACAACAACACUCCCUCAGCCAAUUCCUUCACACCACCUAUCGAGGCCCAGUAUGUGAGGAUCUAUCCACAGGUCUGCCGGAGACACUGCACUCUGCGGAUGGAGCUGCUGGGCUGUGAACUCACAGGAUGCUCCGAGCCACUGGGGAUGAAGUCUGGUCACAUUCAGGAUUACCAGAUCACAGCAUCCAGCAUCUUCCGAACGCUCAACAUGGACAUGUUCACCUGGGAGCCUGGCAAAGCCCGGCUGGACAAGCAGGGCAAGGUCAAUGCCUGGACAGCUGGACACAGUGAUCAGUCCCAGUGGCUGCAGGUGGACAUGCUUGUGCCAACCAAAAUUACAGGCAUCAUUACCCAAGGGGCAAAGGAUUUUGGCCAUGUGCAAUUUGUGGGCUCCUACAAGGUUGCCUUCAGCAAUGAUGGAGAAAGAUGGCACAUAUAUCAGGACGAAAAACAGAAGAAAGAUAAGGUCUUUCAAGGAAACUUUGAUAAUGACACACACAGGAAAAAUGUGAUAGAUCCUCCUAUCUAUGCUCGGUUCAUCCGGAUCCUUCCGUGGUCGUGGUACGGAAGAAUCACUUUGCGUUCAGAAAUACUCGGAUGCACGGAGGAAGAGUAGAUGCCCCCCCACCACACAGCUUUUUCCUGGUACACAAUCAGUACCAAAUCCAGAUUCAAUAUAAACUUUGCUCAAUCUGUAAAAAGAAUAUCAGUUUCCGAUGGAAUUUUUCAAAAAUUUUGAAUUUUUGGUUUCCUUUCUUUUUUUUCCAGGUUGGAGUUUGAUGCUUUGUAGGGUAAAUUACUAUAUAUAUCUUGUGUAUGUCCUUCAUUUAGUUCACAUCCAAAUUUUUGCCCUAAGUUUAGAGUGGAUUUGUGUCACUUUUUUGGUGGGUUUAUGGAAUAGGGGUUGGGGGGUUGGGGGUUAUUUCACUGUGUUUAAGCAGUGGGAUGUCAACCACUGUAUGGUGUCACUUUUAAACCAAGAAAAAUGAUAUAAAAAUGCUAUGCUUCAUGGACCAUAAUCAAACAACUGUAGCUCAUAACCUAAUCGAAAAUUAAGCACCACUAUUACAGUGUAAAUUUCAGUUUGUCCUUUUAUUUUAAAAAUGUUAUUGAGAGUAAAAUCAUAUGACACUGAUGUUGUGUAGAGGAAAAUAUGAUGCUCUUGUAUUAUAUGUAAAACACUAAAAUUACUGCAUGGCGCAUAAAUUAUAUUAGAUGUAUAAGACAGUUAAUUCCCUAAACAUUGUAUUUUCUGCUCCUAAUUAAACAUUUCUUAUCACUUGAAUCGAUCCGUUCAAAUCUAUUGUUAAGUUCUUUUCUAAAAAAAUUGAUAUAGCUUCCCUGUCAGAGCAAAUCUUUGUGUCUCGAAAAUGGGCCAAAGAGAAGGAAACAGUAUAAGCUUUACAUAGAAAUCAAUGUCAACAGCAUUUCUAUUAGUCCAAUCAUCAUGAAAUUCAUGCAGUGUAAGAACAGCUGUUUUGCCAAAUUAUGUAUCAAAAAUUUUAAAAAGACACAAAUUGGAGAUACAAAGUUUUGUCCUGAUAGCAACGAUAUACAAGUAGCGCAUAGACAAGUUACUUGGUAGAGGUAAAAUCAUAUUAAUAACAAUGAUAAAAAAAUCAGUAUUGGAAGUGUGGCAUAAGGAGUGCAUCUAACUCAGCUGUUGCCAAAUUUUCGCGUGUAUGGUACUGAUUGGAUGUUUCAAUAGUAAAAAGUGCACUUCAAAGGCAAAGCUACAUUUGUAGAUUUGUCAUGCAAUCUAUGUUUGUACCUAAAAGGCUAUAGAAUGUUUUAAUCUGGGAAAUAAUGUCCAUGGGAAUUACACAUUUAGAAUCCAGGGCUAACAUUUAUCUCUGUUUUUUAUUAUUAUUUUUUUUAAGUUAUUGCUGUUAAUGUGCAAAUUUGCUAUAGACUUCUAAUUGAAUGUCUUUUGCAUUUUCUAGUUUUCUGUUGUUCUGUUUUUCUGUGUUCUUUGUUGACUGAAAGUUUGCUUACUGCUACAUAGCUCAGCUGAACUACUGUAUUGUUUUGUUUUCAUAAAUGUAAAGACCUCAGGUUAGAAGUCACAAGUAACCCUCUUUUGUAUUGCUAAUGAUCUCUCCACUAAAAAAAACAAAAAAAAUCAUUAUUCAUAAUGUAUUUGUAGGUGCUUUUAAGACAAUUGCAUCCAAAAUACAUUUUAUAAACCACACUCCUUCUUUUUUUUGGUGUAAACAGAUGGCUUGUCAUCAAUUCAUUUUAAUUAUACAAACUAUCAGUCCAAUGUACAAAGAAGGAUUACAAACAAAAUUUAUACAGCUCUUACUUAUUCUUUGAAAUGUACAGUGAAAUCCAUUGGAUCGUUAAAUCACUGGAGAUUUCCAUUGCUUUUUGUUAGUCUCGUGAAAAUGAAUAAAUUAAUGAAGCAACUGUAAAGGGUUGAACCAUUGUCUGUCAUCCCAUGAAGAGCAAUGGGUAUCUCAUUUACAGAACAAAUGGGCCAGUGAGCUAUUGUCUUGUAAUAAUAUCUUUGGGAUUCAUCAUUUAAAUGUAAUGUGUGCAAAAAAAGACAAAAAAAUAAAUAACAUUAACAUUAGCCAUGUUGAUCCACAGUAUGGUGAUGGAGCGUAAACAUCAUGUACAGUUAACACACGUUUUCUAACAGAUAAGUGUUGCAAGGCAUCAUAUGUUUGUGUUUGAUUUCUUCUGAGUUCUCAACAUAUAUAUGGAGGUGAAAUGGUAUUCCUUGUCUAAUGUUUCCCUGUGUCUGUAAGGUUCUCUUCUAACUGUUCAGAUGACUUGUGUGCACAUUGUAACAGUUUUGUACAGACUUUUUGGGGAAUAGCGAUCUAUGACGAAAACAAAAACCCUGAAAAUGUCCACAGGCACAUUUUUUAAAUAAUAUGUAUAUUGGUGAGUCCGAUAGUCCGGUAUUUCCAUUUUAUGUGCUGUGAAUAGUGACUUUUGGAAAAAAAAAAUUAAAAAACAUAUAUAGAGCUAAAAAUCAGGGGAUCCCUAUGGGGCACACAACAUUUUUAGUUCUGCUUUUUCCUUGUUUUUUUGUUUUAUUUUGUUUUGGUUUUUUUGUUUGUUUUUUGACAGCUUUUCCAAAAUAAAAGUCAUCCCUCAUUAUUUCCAUUCAAUCUCAAGCAAGUGCUAUCUGGCAAAAAUGUACCAUUAAUAUGCCGACUAUACAAAGCCUGAAGAGUGUACAGAAAAGAAAAGCCAUUGCCACCAGUAGACCGCUCUUUGGUUUGAUGAAUAAAAUGAAGUCUGUGAAAUAUAA